GCCGCGCUGUCCCCCUGUGCAUGAUCCCGACACCCUAACAGCGAGCGAGGGCACGCAAACGGUGCUAUAAACAUCCUUCCUCGCCGUUGCGCUGCGGCCGUCUCACUCACGUCGCCGUCUCUGCCAGCCCUCGACAUGGCGCGUUCCACUCGUCUCGUCGCUUCCACCGCCACGGCUCUCCUCCUCCUCCUCCUGUCGGCGUGCUCGUGCCGCGCGGCCGGCGACAGCCCGAGCGCCGUGGUGCUGGCGGUGAGGAAGGACGGCGCGACGGGGCAGUACCUGACGGGCUUCCGGCAGCGCACGCCCCAGGUGCCGGUGACGGCCGUGCUCGACCUCGGCGGCGGCACGCUCUGGGUGGACUGCGACGCCGGGUACGUGUCCUCGUCCUACGCGCGCGUGCCGUGCGCGUCCAAGCUGUGCCGCCUCGCCAAGACCGGCGCCUGCGCCACCAGCUGCGUCGGCAAGCCAUCCCCGGGGUGCCUCAACGAUACCUGCGGCGGGUUCCCGGAGAACACCGUCACGCGCGUCAGCACCGGCGGGAACCUCAUCACGGACGUGCUGUCGGUGUCCACCACCUUCCGCCCGGGGCCGGGGCCGCUCGCCACCGCGCCGGCGUUUCUGUUCACGUGCGGAGCCACGUUCCUGACCGAGGGCCUGGCCGCCGGCGCCACCGGCAUGGCGUCGCUCAGCCGCGCCCGCUUCGCGCUCCCGACGCAGCUCGCCGCCGCCUUCCGCUUCUCCCGCAAGUUCGCGCUCUGCCUCACUUCGACCUCCGCGGCCGGGGCCGUCGUCUUCGGCGACGCGCCCUACGCGUUCCAGCCCGGGGUGGACCUCUCCAAGUCGCUCCUCUACACCCCGCUGCUCGUCAACAACGUGAGCACCGCCGGCGUCUCCGGCGAGAAGGACAAGUCGAACGAGUACUUCAUCGGCGUGACGGCCAUCAAGGUGAACGGGCGCGCCGUGCCGCUGAACGCCUCGCUGCUGGUCAUCGACAAGCAGGGCGGCGGCGGCACCAAGCUCAGCACGGUGGCGCCCUACACCGUGCUGGAGACCUCCAUCCACAAGGCGGUCACGGACGCGUUCGCGGCGGAGACGGCCAUGAUCCCCCGGGUGCGGGCCGUGGCGCCGUUCAAGCUCUGCUACGACGGGAGCAAGGUGGGGAGCACGCGCGUGGGCCCGGCCGUGCCGACCGUCGAGCUGGUGCUGCAGAGCGAGGCCGCGUCGUGGGUGGUGUUCGGGGCCAACUCGAUGGUGGCCGUCAAGGGCGGCGCGCUGUGCCUUGGCGUGGUGGACGGCGGCGCGGCCCCGCGGACGUCGGUGGUGGUCGGGGGCCACAUGAUGGAGGACAACCUGCUGGAGUUCGAUCUGCAGCGGUCGCGGCUCGGGUUCAGCUCCUCCCUGCUCUUCCGCCAGACCACCUGCAACAACUUCCGCCUUGGGUAGAAAGAAACAAAUGGCAUCCGGAUGGGAUCGCAGAAGAUGAUCUGGGCGCUUGCGUCAAGCAGACUGCAAUCGAAAUUUGUUUGUGUGUUGUGUUUCCCCUUGGGUUCUGUUUUGGCUGUUUGAAUAAUCAACAGGAGAUCGAACGAUUUUCCUAUCA